UUGAUUGGAGAAGUAUUUUAUUGGAGAAGUCUGGCAUUCAUCACUAGAAGAUUGAGUUAUUUGAACAUGAUGUAUUCUUUGCUGAAUUAGGUGAUUGCGUUAAAAUGCCCAAAUUAAUAUUUAUUGCUUUAAUAUAACAUCAGUGAAACUACAAAGCUGGCACAGAAGUAUGUAUAAUUACAGUGCAAAAUAGGAUAAAAGUAUGUGAGAAUGUUGUUGCUACAGCUCCAGCUCUCUAUUACAUCAGUGUACGAAUUCCUCGCAUCAUUUUGUUUACUCUUUGCUGAUAUAGCCUAGUGCACUCAACUGUCAUGCACUAUAUAGGGAUUAGAGAAUGAGUGAACAAGUGAGUGAUAUCGGACAGAGCAGGAGAGUCAACAAUGAGGGUCUAUUCCUGUGCUAGUGGACCUUGAAUCUAGGGUUAUUCAGAAUCAACUAUUUUGGACUCACUAACUUUAAUGUCUGUUUUCACAACCCCACACCUGUGUUUUUUAUAUGAUUGCUGAGAUCAAUGGACAUGUUGCAGAUCCUCAGUGGUGUUACUGGCAUCUCUUCGCCCAGGUAAAGAUGUCUCAGGUGAAGCAGGUUGGCCUGUUGGCCGCUGGAUGCCAGCCCUGGAACAAAGACGUGUGUGCUGCCAGUGGGGACAGGUUUGCGUAUUGUGCCACGCUUGCCAUAUAUGUGUACCAACUUGAUCACAGAUAUAAUGAAUUUAAGCUGCAAGCAAUCAUGUCUGAACACAAAAAGACAAUCACAGCUAUAUCGUGGUGUCCACACAACCCUGAGGUGUUUGCCAGUGCUAGCGCUGAUAACCUGCUCAUCAUCUGGAAUGUAGCCGAGCAAAAGGCGGUUACACGGCUUGACAACACCAAAGGUAUCCCAGCUUCUCUAAGCUGGUGCUGGAAUGCAAGUGAUAGCAUUGCGUUCGUAUCCCACCGGGGUCCUCUGUAUAUAUGGACCAUCUCUGGGCCAGACUUAGGAGUCACAGUGCACAAGGAGGCUCACAGUUUCCUCUCAGAUAUCUGCCUGUUCCGCUGGCAUCCACUGAAGAAGGGAAAAGUGGUAUUUGGACACACUGAUGGCAGUUUGUCCAUCUUUCAACCAGGCUCAAAGAAUCAGAAGCAUGUACUGCGUCCCGAGUCGUUAGAAGGCACAGAUGAAGAAGACCCUGUCACAGCUCUAGAGUGGGACCCUCUCAGCACAGACUAUCUGCUGAUUGCCAACAUGCACAAUGGCAUCAGACUGCUGGACUCUGAAUCUUUAUCCUGCAUCACUACCUUUAGUUUCCCAAGUGCCGCUGCCUCUGUGCAGUGCCUGGCUUGGGUCCCCAGUGCCCCUGGCAUGUUUAUCACAGGGGAUUCUCAAGUUGGCGUGCUGAGAAUAUGGAACGUAUCAAGAGCGACACCUCUGGAUAACUUCAAACUGAAGAAAACCGGCUUCCAUGCACUUCAUGUUUUAAAUUCCCCACCAGCGAAGAAAUCUUUCAGCUCGAAUUCCCCUUCCAAGAAUCACUACACCUCCUCCACUAGCGAGGCUGUGCCUCCACCUACUCUUUCACAGAACCAGGCCUUCUCCCUCCCACCCGGCCACGCUGUCUGCUGUUUCAUGGAUGGGGGGGUUGGACUAUAUGAUAUGGGCACCAAAAAGUGGGACUUCCUUCGGGAUCUGGGUCAUGUUGAAACCAUCUUUGACUGCAAAUUCAAGCCAGAUGACCCAAACCUUCUAGCUACAGCUUCAUUUGAUGGGACUAUAAAAGUUUGGGAUAUAAACACCUUAACUGCUGUGUACACAUCUCCGGGAAAUGAGGGAGUGGUUUACUCGCUGUCGUGGGCCCCUGGAGACUUGAACUGCAUAGCAGGAGCCACAUCAAGGAAUGGUGCCUUCAUUUGGGAUGUAAAAAAAGGAAAAAUGAUCACAAGAUUUAAUGAGCAUGGGAAGAAUGGUAUUUUUUGCGUUGCCUGGAGCCAUAAAGAUUCCAAAAGAAUAGCCACAUGCAGUGGUGAUGGAUUUUGCAUAAUUCGAACCCUUGACGGCAAAGUGUUGCACAAAUACAAACAUCCAGCAGCAGUAUUUGGCUGUGAUUGGAGUCAAAAUAACAAAGAUAUGAUUGCCACUGGCUGUGAAGACAAGAAUGUUCGAGUCUAUUACUUGGCCACCAGUUCAGACCAGCCACUAAAAGUCUUUACAGGUCACACGGCCAAAGUAUUCCAUGUGCGUUGGUCACCUCUCAGAGAGGGCAUACUGUGCAGCGGCUCAGAUGAUGGGACUGUCCGUAUCUGGGAUUAUACCCAAGAUGCCUGCAUUAACGUGCUGAGUGGCCAUACCGCUCCAGUACGGGGUCUCAUGUGGAACACAGAGGUGCCGUACCUUUUGACCUCAGGGAGCUGGGACUACACCAUCCGUGUCUGGGACACCAGAGACGGCACCUGUCUAGACACUGUAUAUGACCAUGGAGCAGAUGUCUAUGGUCUGACAUGUCACCCCAGCCGUCCGUUCACCAUGGCUUCCUGCUCCAGAGACUCUACGGUCAGACUUUGGUCACUCACUCCUCUAAUUGCUCCCUUAGUGGUCAACAUCCUUACUGACCACAGCUGGGAUGACAUCAUUGGCAACACAGAUCGUGCCAUGGUGCCUGGAGCUCCUCCCCUCCUGUGUGGAAAAAUUUCCAAAGAUAUCAAACAGGAGCUGGAUAAGCUCUCUAGUGACGUGCGCAUGAAGAAGCUCAGAUGGUUCUCUGAGUGUUUCUCACCACCAGGUGGGAGUCAUAACCUUUGGGAUCUGGUUGCUGUAAUCAACGGACAGGAUGAUAGUCUUCUUCCACAGAACUAUGGACAGGGCAUCAUGCAUAUGAAACAUCUGGUCCGCUUCAAAACUUCUGAAGCACAAGAGCUGACUAUAGUAAAGAUGUCAAAGUUUGGGGGUGGUAUUGGAGCGCCUAGUAAAGAAGAAAGGCUCAAGAAUGCAGCAGAAAUCCAUAUCAGACUUGGUCAAAUCCAGAGAUACUGUGAGCUUAUGGUGGAACUAGGAGAGUGGGAGAAGGCUCUUUCUGUGGCCCCUGGUGUCUCCAUGAAAUACUGGAAAAAGCUCAUGCAAAGAAGAGCAGACCAGCUUAUGCAAGAAGGCAAUGAUGAUGUCAUCCCGUACUGCAUUGCCACUGGUGAAGUGAAAAAGUUGGUGAAUUUCUUCACUUCUAGAGGUCAGCUGAAAGAAGCUGUGCUGGUGGCUCAGGGUGCUUGUGAGGGCAAUAUCCAUGGUCCUCAGAUCACAUCAAUAAACCAUGCCGCAAACUCAGACAAUGAUAACAUAGAAAAAUACUGUGGGAUGUUGCACAGAGUGUGUAAAGAGCUGGCCGAGUGGUAUUUCCAAGAUGGCCACGCUGUUUUGGCUGCUUGCUGUCAUCUAGCUGUAGACAACGCAGAACACGCCGAGUCUUCUUCUACCUCUGCCACCGGAUCCAGCGCCUCCUCCCAGGGUUCGGAAGCACGCUCCGAUGGAUCGGUUUCUUCCCCCCGGGGAGAGGGCUCGGCACUCAGACUGUCGUCCUCCGAGGAGGGCGAUGGCAAGGGCGCCGAAGGACCCCCUCAGUCUGCACAGUAUGAGGAGCUCGUGGAGUGCGGUUAUAGGGCGAUGCCCCGGGUUGAACAGACGCUCGCGAGCUAUCUGUCUCCCGGUGAGGCAUCAUCCCUUAAAGCCCCGGCACUGCCCACCAAGCCGCUUCAUACCACGUCAGCACUGGUAGGCAAAGGGUACACGGCAGCAGGUCAGGCUGGUGCAUGCCUUCACACAAUGGCUGUUCUUCAGGCAUACCAAGCAGACCUGCUUAAAGAGUUAGAUGAGCAUGAGGAAGUUAAAGCCGAUGAUAUUAGUGAACUCCGGCGAACUGCUGAUUUGUCUCUCUGCGCCACGAAAGAGACCGCCAAAGCUAUCAGGCGGGUCUUCCUGCUUAACGCCCCGCUUGUGCCUUCUGGCCUGUUCGGCGACGCCGUCAAUUCCGUCAUCGACAGGUUUCAGGAUGCUCAUAAACAAGUGGCAGCGUUUCAGCAGUUCCUCCCUCGCCGCUCUCUAGCUCAUGGGGCUGCUGGCCGGGAGCAGACCCAGCCGUGUACCCGCUCCUCAUACAGAGAGGCACAGAAUCGGGAAUCGCGAAGGGAGCGACGCUUACAGUCGAAGGCUUCGAAGCCGAAGUGCCCUCAGGAGGCCGAGCUGUUAACCCUGCCAUCACCGGUGCUUCAGGGCACAGCGGUCUCCAGCGAGUGCACAUCCCAGUGUCUGCCCAGAAACGUAGCGGCUCUGGGGGGCUCACUACUUCUGAGGAGGUCUCCUAUUACACCGGAGACUGUAGAGAGAGGUUACAGAAUUCAAUUUGGUUCUCCUCCGCCUCGUUUAAACGGGAUCGUUUCCACGGUGGUGGGUCCCGAGCAGGCUCCAGUUCUAGAACAAGAAGUAAAUACUCUGUUGAGGAAGGAGGCCAUCGAGGUGGUCCCUCCUCUCGAAAGAGAUUCCGGGUUCUACAGCCGGAAACUGUAUGCCCUGAAGUGGAAACUCUUCACUUCCUGGUGUAGAGAUCGCCAGCUUGACCCAGUUAACUGCCCGGUCGGUUCAGUGCUAGAGUUCUUGCAGGCUAGAUUCUCUGCAGGGUUGACCCACUCCACCCUGAAGGUGUACGUGGCGGCUAUAACUGCUUACCACGCCCCUCUCGGUGGUCAGUCUGUGGGAAGACACCCCCUGGUUACACGUUUCCUCCGCGUUGCGCUGAGGCCUCCCGUACGACCUCGUGUUCCACCAUGGGACCUGGCCGUGGUCCUGGAGGCUCUCUGUAAACCUCUGUUCAAACCUAUUGAGGAGGUUUCAGAUCGAGUUCUGACACUUAAGACUGUCUUUUUGUUAGCCAUCACUUCACUGAAGAGAGUCGGAGAUUUGCAGGCCUUGUCAGUGGCGCCCUCUUUCCUAGACUUUGCGCCCAGCUUGGCCAAAGCUUUUCUGUACCCCAGGCUGGGGUACGUCCCUAAAAUGCCCUCCUCAGUACCACAGCCCAUCGUAUUUCAGGCUUUCUGUCCUUCCCCCUUUAGGGAGCCUGACCAGCAGAAGCUAAAUUGCAUGUGUCCAGUGCGAGCACUGGAUACAUAUGUCCACAGAGCUGCCAUGUGGAGGAAGUCUGACCAAUUAUUUGUUUGUUAUGGUCCUUCCAAGAGGGGUCUGCCUGCCACUAAGCAGACCCUCAGUAGGUGGAUUGUUGAUGCCAUUACUAUGUCAUAUGAGUCCUCUGGCCUUCCCUCACCCUUAGGGGUCAAGGCUCACUCCACCCGAAGUGUGGCGGCCUCUAAGGCCUUCCUGUCGGGGGUCAAGGCUCACUCCACCCGAAGUGUGGCGGCCUCUAAGGCCUUCCUACGUUUGUCCACUUUUCCCCUGUACUUUACUCAUGCUGAAUUGGGUCUUCUACUCCCCAGGGAUCUUGCUGCCAGAUUACUCCAAAUGAUCCCUGAUAAUGAGAUCUUGUUAGCCAAACUGUGUGCCUUCUACCCUGGCAGCUCUGCCGAAAUCAACAACCUGCACGAAAAGUGUGGUCUACCGACUUUAGAGGAAUGUAAAAAACUUGCUGAAAGUGCACAUGCUGAGGGAGAAAUCUUUCAAGCAGUAAAGUAUUACCUCCUGAGCCCAGAACCAGAAAAAGCUCUUCCCAUUGGGAUCAUGUAUGUCAAAGAGCAGCUGAGCUCUACUGACUGGACAGUGGACUCUGUGUACCACAUCCUAGACCUGCUGAGCUACAUCAGAACAGACCGUCUUAUUCUUCCAAAGAGUAGUGAAGAACGCAAUGAGUUGCUUAUUCUCUGUGGGUAUAUUGGUGCACUAUUAGCCAUUGGGAGACAGUAUUCAAGGAUAGUGCCAGCACUGUAUGAAUACACAAGUCAGCUGCUAAAGCGGAGAGAAGUGGCUGUGCCAUUGCAGAUAGAGCAGUUGUCCAUAGAGUUGGAUGCCUGGAGAGCCUGCACACAAUCCCUCAAAGUGGCAGAUGACACCUCUUACACUCCACCAUCUGAGGCCCAGAAAACGGAGUACAGCCAGCUGUUGAGUCGAAUGAGAGAGGAGCCCAUCAAGGGCCUAGAGGGUCCCGACUAUGUCACUGGCUCUAACUUGCCCAGCCACUCUGAUGUCCAGAUUUCUUGCUUCACUGGCCUCAGGAUACAGGGUCCAGCAUUCUUCCUAGAAGACGGCAAAUCAGCCAUUUCACUAAAUGAUGCCCUGAUGUGGGCAAAAGUAAACCCUUUCUCUCCGUUGGGGACGGGUAUACGCCUCAACCCCUUCUGAGCACAAAUACAACAAAUGUGAGCAGUAUUCUUGCUGGUCUGGCUCUGGAAAGGCGACAACAUUCCCGUUUUCUCUCAGAAUGCUUGAUAUAUGUCAAAAAUCUCAAAACAUUAUUUGAGGCUUUGCCAUUCCAUGCUGUGCUUAUUUCAUUCAGGAUUGCAGCUUAUAUGCAAAGAAUGAGCAAAUGUUGAAUAUACAGUACACAAGGCCAACAGCACAAUUGCGAUGAUAUUUCUUUUAUACAACAGUUCAGUAAACAAGAAGUUAAUAUCAAGUAAUUCAUUAACUAAGUAACUUCUUUUUUUUUUAAAGAAGGCAAAUGGAUUUUGACAAGCAACACAGAGACUGAUUCACUAUAAACAUAGGCAAGCAGAGCGAUAUGUACAGUAAACAAAAACAUGUUAAUUUGAUGCAGGCCAAUCAAAUUAGAGCACCACAGCUAACUGUUGUAUAAAGAGAGAUUUAUGCUAGAUACAGUAAUGAAUGUUACAUCAACAAUGAAUGUUAGCAGGAUAUGUAAUGCCUUUCUUUCUCAUCCUAAAACAUAAGCAGGUUCAGGUAUUUAGGUUUAGAUGUCAUGUUCAGGUCUUAAGGUUGAGAUCUAUAGCCCAAAGAUUGUAAUUCUAGGUGGUACUGUCUCUGGUAUUAUGGAGUAUGAGCAUUUUCAUCAUGCAGCCUGAAUGUUUUGUAGAUCUAGACGUUUUUUAAUUCAAGACUUACAAGGUAUUCAUCUUUUGAUGUUUGCGUAUUUGAUUUCAUGCUGCUUUGACAUUGAAACUGUUUGCUAUGUCUGUUGUCUAUCACAUAUGAACUGAAUAUAUUUACUGACUAGUGAAUAUACACCUUAUUUUAGUAGAACCAAUUACUAGAUUGA